AUGUUGGAAGCAAAACUCGACGCAGCCUCCCAGCUCAAAAAGAUUGUUGAAGCCAUCCGUGAUAUGCUCGGAGAGUGCAACAUCGAAUGCAAUGAGACCGGUUUGGCUCUUCAGUCUCUCGACAAGUCGCACAUUGUCCUGGUGUCCCUGCUGUUGGGAUCUGACGGUUUCAGCGAGUACAGAUGCGAUCGUGGUGUUACCUUGGGUUUGAACAUUAAUUCGCUUGCUACGGUCUUGCGUUGUGCCAACAACGAUGACAUUCUGACCCUCCGCUCGGAAGACAGAGCCAAUGAGCUGAUUUUGACCUUUGAGGACUCCAAGGCUGACCGCAUUUCCGAGUUCAAUCUCCGCUUGAUGGACAUUGACCAGGAGUACCUGGCCAUCCCCGAGACUGAGUACGCUGCUACAGUGGUAAUGUCCGCUGCGGUUCUCCAGCGGACCUUGCGGGACCUUUCUGCUCUCUCUGAGGCAGUAACUAUUGAAAUUGACAAGGAGGGUAUCAGAUUUAGUGCAGAGGGUGAUCUUGGAAAAGGUUCUACCCAUUUCAAGCCUUGCGUCGACAUGGAGAACGCUGAGAACUCCAUCAACAUCACACUGUCGGAGCCCGUGUCUCUGUCGUUUAAUUUGCAGUACUUCAGCAACAUUACAAAGGCCUCUUCUCUCUCAUCCACCGUCACCCUUCAGAUGACAGCGGGUAUGCCUGCCCAAAUUGAGUACAAGCUGCCCAGCGGCCACGUCAGAUACUACUUCGCGCCCAAGAUUGAGGACGACCCUUACGCCUAA